GCAAUUAACGAUGGACUGUUGAUGAUCCCCACAGGUAGUGUGAGUUAUCUCCCUCAUGCCUUUAGCCUGUGUCGCGAGAGGGCGUCGGAUUUAGCCGAGACUUCAGCACUGAGAAAGUUGAGACGAGCAAUGGAUUUACUUAGUUGAUAAUACGUCAAGUGAAAAAAACACAGCAUGGCUCUUCAAGUGACAGUAAUUAGUGCCAACAAUGUGCCGAAUCCUGAAUCAUUCGGAAAGUGUGACCCUUAUGCCACCGUAGAUUUCCAGGGUACUCGGAAAAAGACACAGGUGGUAAAAUCUGAACUUGACCCAGUCUGGAAUGAGACAUUUGAUUUUGACCUGCGAGGUGUGGGAUUGACUGGAAGUGAGGAAAUUAUCAUCACAGUCAAAGAUUGGGAGAGAGUGGGAAGAAACAGGCAACUUGGUACCGCCAAAGUCUCAUUGCGUGAGUUUGCACAAGGAGAUCGCCAGGAACGCCAGCUCAACCUCAACCUAGUUGACGCCAACGAGCGCCCACUGCAGGCCAAGGUGAGCGUGAAGAUUACCUACUGUCCCCCUAAGGGCCAAGGCAGCGGAGGAGACGCAGGCAUCAUGGGAGGAGGCACAGUGAUUGAUGAUGUUGGAGAGGAAGAAGAGGAAGAGGCAGAGGAGGAAGAAGGCGACAUGGUAGAUGGUGCUGUAGACCCUGCUACAGGGCAACCUAUGAAGAAGAGGAAGAAAAAGAAGAAGAAGAAAAUGGGCUCUCGUCGCCUUCGUGGAAAGAUGUCACAGAAACCACAAGAUUUCCAGAUCCGCAUCAAGGUGAUCGAGGCCCGUCAGCUACAAGGUGCCAACAUUCAACCUGUCUCACGUGUCACAACCUUCAACCAGACCAAACAGACACGUGUCAAGAAGUCAACCAACAGUCCUUUUUGGAAUGAGUCGUUCUUUUUCAACUUCCAUGCAUCUCCGGCAGAGUUAUUUGAUGAGCUCAUAGAAUUUCAGGUAUUCAACUCCAGAAAACUACGGUCAGAUGCUCUCAUCGGAUCUUUUAAGUGUGAUAUCGGCCUGGUGUAUGACGCCCCACAACAUGCCUUCAUCAACAAGUGGCUCCUGCUCAGUGACCCGGAGGACUCCAUGGCGGGGGCCAAGGGCUAUCUCAAGAUUUGUGCUGUGGUACUUGGGCCUGGGGAUGAGGCACCGAGUAUGAAAUCAACGUCAGCAGACGAAGAUGAGGACAUUGAAAGUAAUCUGCUGCGUCCAGCUGGGGUACAGCUGCGACCUGCAACCUUCCUGCUCCGACUGUACCGUGCUGAGGACAUACCCAGAAUGGACUCGGCCUUCAUGGAGGGAGUGAAGAAAGUGUUCAACAUCGGCGAAGAACAGAAGGAGCUGGUAGACCCCUACUUUGUCUUCUCUUUUGCAGGAAAAGAGGUGAAGUCAAAGAUCAUGUACUGCUGUGAUCAUCCUGAGUGGAACCAGGAGCUUCGGUUAGGACUGCAGUUUCCAUCCAUGUGUGAGAGAAUAAAAUUCAUGAUUCGAGACUGGGAUCGACUGAAUGAAGAUGACAACGUUGGAACAUUCUGUUUACCAGUAUCAGUUAUAUCAUCACAAGGAGACACUGACAAGGACGAGGGUUUCCUGCCCACAUUCGGACCAUGCUACAUCAACUUCUAUGGGUCAACAAGGGAGUACUCUGAUCUGCCAGACGAGUAUGAGGACCUGAAUCUGGGCAAGGGUGAGGGUGUGGCAUACCGAGGACGAGCCCUGGUGGAGCUGGUAACACAGCUUGGAGAGCUGCCAGAACAAUCUAUAGCUGACAUUAACAGUGAUGACAUACUCCGAGUGCAGAAGUUCAUGCGGCGCCGGAAAUAUCGUCUACAUGCAUCCUUCCUGAAUGCCACCAUGAUCAGUGAGAUUGAUGCACCAGUUGAGUUUGAAGUCAGCAUUGGAAAUUAUGGUAACAAACUAGAUGAGAAUGUGGCUCCUUGUGCAUCCACCACUCAGCCCACCAACGCCGUGUUUGAUGGCUGCUACUACUACUUCCUGCCGUGGGGGAACACCAAGCCAUGUGUGGUGGUGGACAGCCACUGGGAGGACAUCAGCUUCAGGCUGGAGGCACUCAACUGUCUCCUCCGAAUCAUCACCGAUCUGGAAGCCAACAUUGAACGAGUUCGAAUAGGCAUCAAAGCAAAGUUGCCAACACCUGAAUUAGCCCAGCUCCUCAUAUCACUGCUGGACCAGCUCACGCAAGACUGUAGGAAGCCACUUCCAGAGUCAGUGUCAGGCCAGCAUAUAGCAACUGAGCUGGACAGACUGCUCAGUGCAUACCGCCAGAAUGAACUGCUUCACAUCAUAGAUGUUGCCACAAAGCUCAGGGAGAAUGCAACUGAUGUAAAUGAAGCACUCUCUGAGAUAGAAGGAUAUCUGUCAUUGCUGAAAAACUUGGCUACAGAGCCCCAAAACAGCAUGCCGGAUGUGGUGAUCUGGAUGAUCAGUGGAGAGAAGAGACUGGCCUACUAUCACAUCCCAGCCAAUGACCUGCUCUUUGCUGCAGAUCCUUCAUCUAGAGGACGAUACUGUGGACGUCUACAGACCAUUCAGUUGAAGUUCCCUGGCAGCAAGGCUGAGAAGGAGAAGAGGUUUGACGUGCCAGCUAUGAUACGUGUCAAGUUGUGGCUGGGUCUACAGAACCAAGAGGUGGAGUGGCACAAAAUGCAGAAAGAAGGAGAGCUUGCCGUCUUUGCUGAGACAUAUCAGAAUGAAGUAAGCAUCUUGGGAACUUGGACCAACAAAGGCCCCACAAUGACCCGCCCCAAGUGGUCCGACAGCCAAGGGAAGAUAUCUCUACCACAAGAUGGUUUUGAUCCCCCACCAGGAUGGCGAUGGGAUAGCGACUGGUAUGUCAGCCCCGAACUCAGUAUGCUGUUUGACAAAGAUGCUGGUCAUCAUCAGUUUCUGGAGGAUAUAUAUGAGUGCCAAGCCCGAAAUCUCCCAGGUGGGCGCUGGGGUCCAGCAUCCAGACCGUGGGCAGAUGUGAAAGGUGACCCGUGUCCGGCAAAAGAGGAGGUUCCUCUGCCUACAGGCUGGAAGUGGGACGAUGACUGGCAGGUUGACCUCAACAGAGCUGUUGAUGAAGAAGCGUGGGAGUACUGUGUGGAGGCAACUAUUGGUGGAUAUGGUCCUGUAGAGAAAACCUACCACUUGUGCCGGCGUAGACGCUGGGUCAGAUCACGUACCAUGGUCAUGGAUACGAAAAAGCAAGUUCAGAAGGUAAAGCAAGUGAAGCAUGAGGCCAGAGGGUGGCGACACCUGUUCGCGCUGAAGUUCCACGCACAGGAACGAACCAUGGACUUGGUCAGAAGAAGACGCCAUCAUCGCAAGAUGGUUGCCGAAGACCCCAAAGCUAGUUGUUUCUUUAGCCUAAAGCCUGUGGAGGGGGAUGACAAGCUGGAUGCUUCCCUUACUGCUCCUAGGAUGUUCCUGACCUUUGACAAGUCCUUCAAGUACCAGCUGAGAGCAUACAUCUACCAGGCCCGGGACCUCCUAGCAGCAGAUGACUCCGGACUCUCAGAUCCCUUUACACGGGUGUCCUUCCUGACACAGAGCAUGGUGACGGAACGGCUACACAAGACACUGUGCCCCACCUGGGAUCAGACACUCAUCUUCGGGGAGAUAGAAAUAUUUGGAAACCCCAAGGGGAUUGAAUCUCAACCUCCAGACAUCAUUCUGGAACUAUUUGAUCAUGACACAUUUGGUAAGCCUGAAUUCCUUGGGCGGUCCAAGGCACAGCCUAUGGUGAAGCUUGACCCAGCUGAUGCCCGCACGCCAGUUCUGCAGUGGUAUGAAAUAAACCGCAUGGGACAGAAGGGAGGCGAACUACUUGCAGCAUUUGAGCUGUUUCUGAUGACUGGGAAAGAUUUGCCAUUCCUACCACCUAAAAAGGGCAGCUUAUACCUUGUACCAAAUGGAAUCCGUCCCGUCAUGCAACGAACAGGCAUUGAGGUCUUGUGCUGGGGGGUUCGCAACAUGAAAAAGUUCCAGAUGUCCAAUGUGUCGUCCCCAAGCAUAGAGUUUGAGUGUGGCGGUCAUCUUCUCAACUCUGUUACCAUCAAGGAUACCAAGAAAAACCCGAACUUCAUUGAGCCACUCUUAUUCUUCGAUGUGAUGCUGCCAAAAGAGGAGCUGUACAUGCCGCCCAUGAACAUCCGUGUACGUGACCAUCGACAGUUUGGUCGAAAACCAAAUGUUGGUGUGUUUGUAUUAAGAACCAUGGAGGAUUUCCGCUGUGACCCCAUGCUGCCAGUUGCAGAUGAGGAGGAAGAAGGUAGCAUUGUAGGGAACGGUCCAGCCGGAGAGCAUGUGGUGGAUAUGCCCCAAGAGGAAAAGCUGCCAAAGAAACCUUGGUUUAAUAAACUGAAAAAGAAAGAUAAAGAAGAAGAGCCUGAAACAACGAGAACAGGAUCCAUGUUUGGAAAGAAGCUAUCGUUUCCGCAAUUGGAGUUGCCUGAUUUUAGGAAAAGUAGAGCUGAUAUGGAGGACCCAAACCUGCUGGAUGAGGAGAUUGACUGGUGGUCCAAAUACUACGCCUCCACAGGAGAGACGACAAAGUGCAGGAAGUAUUUGGAGCUGGGAUACGAUAAUCUUCUGAUCUUGAAAUCUGAACUGGAGAAAACAGAGGAUUUCAAUGGCUUUGUUGACUUCUGCCACAGUUUUGAUUUGUGUCGUGGAAAAAAUGAGGAAGAGGAGGAGUCAAAUGUGGUGGGGGAGUACAAGGGCUCCUUCCGAGUUUACCCUCUGCCACAAGAUCCAAGUGAACCCCUGCCACUAAAGAUUCUGAGCGAUCUUCCCAACAGUGAUCCAGCAGAAAGUAUCAUCCGGGUGUACAUCAUCAAAGCUAUCGAGCUGCAGCCGAAUGACCCCAGUGGUUUGGCUGACCCCUACUUGGAGGUGUUGCUCGGCAGCAAGAAGCUCAACACAAGGGAUGACUACAUUCCCAACACAACAAAUCCUGUGUUUGGCAAAAUGUUUGAGAUUAAUGCCUCCAUUCCAUUAGAAAAGGAUCUCAUCAUACGUGUGAAGGAUUAUGAUCUGAUCUCAUCAGAUGAUGUCAUUGGAGAAACGUUGAUUGACUUGGAAAACCGUUUUCUCUCAAAGCAUAGAGCAACAUGUGGCUUGGCAAAGUCAUACUGCACGGCGGGCAUCAAUGAAUGGCGUGACUGUAUGAAGCCCAAGGAACUGCUUGAGGAAUACUGUCAGAAGCGUCACCUCUCAGGGCCGAUGUUCUAUGGCAACAAUAGUGUCAAAGUGGGCAAGCGGGUAUAUAACCUAUCUGAAUUUGAACAGAACAAAAAACCCAACUCCCACUGGGGUCCCCCCGAGGAGCGCCUUGCCCUGGCUGUGCUCAACAGCAUGCCGCUUGUCAAGGAACAUGUGGAAACACGCCCGUUGUUCAACCCGCUACAGCCAGGGAUAGAACAGGGCAAGCUGCAGAUGUUUGUGGAUAUAUUCCCCAAGUCGCUGGGGGAACCAGGGCCACCCUUUGACAUCAUUCCCAGAAAACCAAAAGGGUAUGUACUGAAGAUCAUCGUCUGGAACACUGUGGACGUUGUGCUGGAGGAAGAGUCCAUCACGGGGGAGAAGAUGAGUGAUAUCUAUGUGGUUGGCUGGCUCCAGGGGAUUGACGAGAAGCAGGAGACUGAUGUCCAUUACAGAUCUUUGGAUGGAACAGGCAACUUCAACUGGAGAUUUGUAUUCCCAUUUGAGUACCUGCCGGCAGAGCAGACAAUGGUGGUGCGGAAGAAGGAACACUUCUGGAGUCUGGAUGAGACUGAGCUUCAUCUAUCCCCAAUGCUCUCCUGUCAGAUAUGGGACAAUGACAAGUUCUCAGCUGAUGACUUCCUUGGAACUUUGGAUGUCAAUCUGAACUCCAUCCCUCGGCCAGCAAAGAAGGCCUCGUCUUGUUCCCUGAAAACCAUCCCUGAUAUGAACAACACUAAUGCAGUAAAGAUGGUGUCACUAUUUGAGUGUCGGAGACUGCGGGGCUUUUGGCCAUGUUACAGUGACGAAUCCGGAGAGCGAUUGCUUACGGGAAAAAUUGAAAUGGAGCUAGAGUUGUUGACAGCUGAGGAGGCUGUCGAGAAGGAAUCCGGCCUGGGUCAGGAGGAGCCCAACAUGCACCCACAUCUUGACCCUCCCAAGCGGCCAGAAACUUCCUUCAUGUGGUUCACAAGUCCAUUCAAGACUCUGAAGUACAUCAUCUGGCGCAACUACAAGUGGUACAUCAUCAGCUCCUUCGUCAUCCUCAUCCUCAUCCUCCUUGUUGUGCUCUUCGUCUACUCCUUCCCAGGGGAGAUUUCAAGGAAGAUUGUUGGCAACUAGACAGAUGAUAGAUGCUGUGCUGCCUCACCUGCCACCGAUGUGUGUAUAUUGUUGGAUGCAGGCUUCACAAGACCUUGUACAGUCUGUCAGUCACUGGUGUACAGUGGCAGACCAUCUUGUUACAUACCUACUCUUGCAUGUACAGUGUAGGGCUUCAUUCCAUCAUACUGUGUGGUGACAGGGGUCCUUUCAACAAUAUAUUUUUGCAUACAUAUAGAUAGGUAAAGUUAUUCCCAAUGAACACGUUUCUGUAUAACUAAAUGUUGUAUGGCUGUGAGACAUUUUCGACCAGUGAUAGUUCUAGUCUUUUUGACAGCUUGCUGAAAAUGAUUUCAGGUCUCAGGGUACUGUGAUGUGUGUUUGUACACUCGCAGCUGUAGGAUGUGUGUAACAUGGAUACUGAUGUACAGUGAUGGCUGUAACAUGGGUACUGAUGUACAGUGAUGGCUGUAACAUGGGUACUGAUGUAUGGUGAUGGCUGUAACAUGGGUACUGAUGUACAGUGAUGGCUGUAACAUGGGUACUGAUGUACAGUGAUGGCUGUAACAUGGGUACUGAUGUACAGUGAUGGCUGUAACAUGGGUACUGAUGUACACUUAUGGCUGUAACAUGGGUACUGAUGUACACUUAUGGCUGUAGGAUGGGGCAAGUGUUUACACACAGUCAUAUUGGUCCUGACAGUUGCAGUGUAUGUGACAGUUUCUGCAGCAUGCUCCAGUAAAACUUAGUCUGCAGCAUUAUUCAAUACCAGAGGGUACUGUUUGUACAUUUACCAUGUUAACAACAACCAAUUGGAGCAAAGCAAAUUGGCAAUCAAAUCUAUAAGUGAUAAAUAACUAUUGAUGACAUAACCCAGGGUUUACUGAUGUUAUGAGAUAUUUUGUUCAGUGGAAUGUGAUAUAUUGCAAGUGUAUCAUUGUGAUGGUAUUUAUGGUAGGUGUCUGUAAUGCUGUGUCACCAUCAGUGCCAAUUCUGUUUCUGCAUAGCUGGUGAAUCUCAGUAUAUAUUUAAAUGUAUUCUUCUGCAAUAUGAGUGAGAUUUGUAUCCUUGUUACUCACUGUGUCUCCUGAGUGGCCUACUUGGAGUGCACUACACCCAGUCUCUGCCCCCCUUCACAUGUAGUUGUGGGCACUGUUAUAUAUGCUAGUAUAGUUUGGGGUAAUAGGAAAGCGCCAACAAGAUUUGACAUUGAUUUUGACUGAUACCUUCUAUGAGUGUUGAAUUGUUUACAUUGCUAAUACCACUGUAUGAAACACAAUGUGUCACAAUGUAUAGAUAUAUUUACUUGGUUCAUAUACCUUCAGUAGUAGUGCAGAUUGCCUGACAUCAACACAUGUCUGUUAAGACUGCAAUAUAUUGGUUGUCUAUGUUCCUCAGCUCAGUGUGGUGGUUGACAUCAUUUAGUGUAAGGGUCUUGUCCCACAACAAUUGCUUUGUUGUAAUCUGCAGCUGAAGAAUGUACACUUUGUUUCUGACUUAUCCCGCUUUCAGUUCUAACCAGACUGCUUUAAAACAUUGAACAACUUCUUCAGUUAGUAAUGUGAACAUUAGGGGUGUUCACUGUGACUGCGUGCUCAUGUCGUGGAGUGUUCACUGUGACGGCGUGCUCAUGUCGUGGAGUGUUCACUGUGACCACGUGUUCAUGUCGUGGAGUGUUCACUGUGACCACGUGUUCAUGUGGUGGGGUGUUCACCGUGACCGCGUGUUCAUGUGGUGGGGUGUUCACCAUGACCACGUGUUCAUGUGGUGGGGUGUUCACUGUGACGGCGUGCUCAUGUCGUGGAGUGUUCACUGUGAUAACCGUGCUCAUGUCGUGGAGUGUUCACUGUGACCACGUGCUCAUGUCGUGGAGUGUUCACUGUGAUGGCGUGCUCAUGUCGUGGAGUGUUCACUGUGACCACGUGUUCAUGUGGUGGGGUGUUCACCAUGACCGCGUGUUCAUGUGGUGGGGUGUUCACCAUGACCACGUGUUCAUGUGGUGGGGUGUUCACUGUGACCGCGUGUUCACGUGGUGGGGUGUUCACCGUGACCACGUGUUCAUGUGGUGGGGUGUUCACCGUGACUGCAUGUUCAUGUGGUGGGGUGUUCACUGUGACGGCAUGUUCAUGUGGUGGGGUGUUCACCAUGACCACGUGUUCAUGUGGUGGGGUGUUCACCAUGACCACGUGUUCAUGUGGUGGGGUGUUCACUGUGAUGGUGUGCUCAUGUCGUGGAGUGUUCACCGUGACCCACGUGUUCAUGUGGUGGGGUGUUCACCGUGACUGCAUGUUCAUGUGGUGGGGUGUUCACUGUGACGGCAUGUUCAUGUGGUGGGGUGUUCACCAUGACCGCGUGUUCAUGUGGUGGGGUGUUCACGGUGACCGCGUGUUCAUGUGGUGGGGUGUUCACCAUGACGGCGUGUUCAUGUGGUGGGGUGUUCACUGUGACGGCGUGUUCAUGUGGUGGGGUGUUCACUGUGAUGACAUGUUCAUCAUGGUGGGGUGUUCACUGUGACGGCAUGUUCAUGUGGUGGGGUGUUCACCGUGACGGCAUGUUCAUGUGGUGGGGUGUUCACCAUGACCACGUGUUCAUGUGGUGGGGUGUUCACUGUGACCGCGUGUUCAUGUGGUGGGGUGUUCACUGUGACGGCGUGUUCAUGUGGUGGGGUGUUCACUGUGACCGCGUGUUCAUGUGGUGGGGUGUUCACUGUGACCACGUGUUCAUGUGGUGGGGUGUUCACUGUGACGGCGUGCUCAUGUCGUGGAGUGUUCACUGUGAAGGGCUGCUGGUUGCUCCUGUAUUAUUCCAUCAGUCUGGGUUAACCAUGUUGGGCGAAUCAACAUACCAAACUCCCAGGUUCAAUUUCAUGCUUUGGUACAAUGUCUGCAGUGCAUUUUGUGUUUCUUCCCCGUUAUUUGAUGCUUGGAAUAUUGAUGAAAAUGAUGUAGAGCCCAACUCACUCAUUCAACCCUUAAUGAGCUUGCAACAAACAUGACAGGAUGUUUUUGUCAGCUGAGAAUAUUAGCUUCAGCCGCUACAAGCAUAUGUAGCACUCACAAGAAGUAGAAGACAACCCAAUUCUCAUGUUCACCCAGUGCUGGUCAUGAAUUGAUAAUUGACACUGAAAUUUGGAACCAUCAUCAUCAUAUUUGAAUUUGAAUUUGUGAUGUUGCAUUUGUUGAUUGAUGCUUUACGUAUCAAAAAAUGGUAAUUCAAAACAUGAAAUUGUCUUUUGUCUGUGAAAAAAAUUUAUUAAUAGAUGCAUAAUGUCAGUGAUGUUAGUUAAGAUUGUUUAACAAACUUUUCCAGAUUGGUAAACAUUUACCAAAUUUUGUGCAAUAUCCUGUAAGUCUGACCAUGUCUUUCUCAGAACAAAACUAAUGGUAGUCGUUUUGUCUAAUAAAUGAAGCAAAUGAUGAGGUUAAACAUGAACAAAGAUUGUAACAUGUGUUCCAGUUUGCACUAUUGCCUGGAAGUACUGACUGGCUCUGGAUUAGCUAUCAUUGAACUUUUCCCAUAGCAGAAUGCAACGUCUCUACCACAUCCCUGGUUCCAGACAGGCCUGGGUUUGGAGGAUAUUGCCUUCACCCAGCACUGCAUUGGAAGACAUGUGAUGAUUACUUAUUUCAUGGGCUGUUUACUGAAGCCCUGGUGUAUAUAUCUGCCUGGAUUCAUCUGUAUCUUCACUGUCUGCAAAUGCCUUAAACAUAGUAUGUUGGAAAUCUUCUCUGCCUGCAACUGCCUCCCGUAUUGCAAGUUGGGCAUCAUCUCUGUUUGCAACUGCCUUCCACAUGGCAAGUUGGCCAUCUCACUGUCUUCACCUACCGUCUUCUCUGUCUGCAAUUGUCUUCCACCUUUUCUCUUUUUAACUCCUUGUAUCAUGCAUGACAAGUCACAGUUACUGUCAUUAUCUACAACUGCCCAACAUUUGCAAUGGAUGCUUUGAGAACACUAAAGAUAAUCACCCAUGAAAACUGAUAACUAUCUUCAUUUUACAGCAUUCAUAUCAUAUGUUGGGGAUGGGUUUUAUUUUUUCUUUCAUUUUGUACUGCAUAUUUAGUUGAAUCAUAUGAUCAAUAAUACCUUUACUUAUUCCAAUUUUUAUUUUAAAAACGCCCUUGUUUUGUGCCAUGCAUGAUGUCUGUAUGCCAGAGACUGACCAUAUGUUUCUUCAUGAGAUAUAUUCCUGAGAAUUAUUUUGAGAUCAAAUGAAUGUUUUCCAAACUUUUGACCAUAAAGCUUUAUUAAGAGACAAACCCAAGGCCCGAUGAUGGCUGCCUUCCUUCUAGCUACUGUGGCUGGCUGUACCUGCUGAUGACUAACAAUACUGGUCAGGAUGAUGUAUUACUGAAUGCCACAGCUUACCAGACAGCAAUGGUUGUUUCAUCCUUCUUGGAUGGUAUUUAUACUCACCUCUAAUUUUGUCACCUUUUUUGUUUUCUAUGUCAACAUAUUUAUCUACUGUGUUAAUGUAUACAUCUUGCUCUUUAUAAUAUCUACUCAUUAAAGACUUGUAAAAACA